UCCGGCUCCAUUUCUUCCUUUCCAUCGUGUUUGCUCUUGUCUCUUUUUGUCUGUCGUUCUAGUCCAGGGCAGUCAUCAUGUCGAGCAUCUCCAGAACCGCAAACCUUCUCCUGCGCUCCAGCAAGGCUUCUUUGCUGCGUCCUCGCGCCCUCAACCCCGUCCAACAUGUGUUUGGCAACAACAAACUAGCUGCUCGUGGGCUGGCUAGUGCCUUCGAGCGUACUAAGCCUCACGUUAACAUUGGUACCAUUGGACACGUCGAUCACGGCAAGACCACCUUGACCGCUGCUAUCACCAAGCACCAGUCGGAGAAGGGCCUUGCCAACUUCCUUGAAUAUGGUGCCAUUGACAAGGCUCCUGAGGAGCGCAAGCGUGGUAUCACCAUCUCCACUGCUCACAUUGAGUUCUCGACGGACUCCCGACACUACGCCCACGUCGACUGCCCUGGUCACGCCGAUUACAUCAAGAACAUGAUUACUGGUGCUGCUAACAUGGACGGCGCUAUUGUCGUCGUUGCUGCCUCCGACGGUCAGAUGCCCCAGACGCGUGAGCAUUUGCUGCUCGCCCGCCAGGUUGGUGUCCAGAAGAUCGUUGUCUUCGUCAACAAAGUCGAUGCUAUCGAUGACCCGGAGAUGCUGGAACUUGUCGAGCUCGAGAUGCGUGAGCUGCUGAGCAGCUACGGUUUCGAGGGUGAAGAGACUCCGAUCAUUUUCGGUUCCGCUCUCUGUGCUCUCGAAGGGCGCCGUGACGACAUCGGUAAAGACAGAAUCGAGCAGCUUAUGAACGCUGUUGACACCUGGAUCCCCACCCCUCAGCGUGACCUCGACAAACCUUUCUUGAUGUCUGUCGAGGAAGUGUUCUCUAUCGCCGGCCGUGGUACCGUGGCUUCUGGUCGUGUCGAGCGUGGUAUUUUGAAGAAGGACUCUGAGGUUGAGAUCGUCGGAGGCUCUUUCGAACCCAAGAAGACCAAAGUCACCGACAUUGAAACCUUCAAGAAGAGCUGUGAUGAGUCGCGUGCUGGUGACAACUCUGGUCUCCUCCUGCGUGGUAUCCGCCGUGAAGAUGUCAAGCGUGGUAUGGUCAUUGCUGUUCCCGGCAGCACCAAGGCUCACGACAAGUUCCUCGUCUCCAUGUACGUCCUGACCGAGGCCGAGGGUGGUCGUCGUACUGGCUUCGGUGCCAACUACCGUCCUCAAGUCUUCAUCCGUACUGCAGACGAGGCUGCUGACCUCAGCUUCCCUGACGGCGACGAAUCUCGCAGAGUUAUGCCUGGUGACAACGUCGAGAUGGUCCUGAAGACCCACCACCCUGUUGCUGCUGAGGCUGGUCAACGCUUCAACAUUCGUGAGGGUGGCCGGACUGUCGCUACUGGUCUGAUCACACGUGUCAUGACCGAGUAAAGGGCUGGUUCGCAGAUAAACCACGAGGCAUGACCGACUGACUGGCUGCUCUGUAUUAUAAGAAAAAAUAUACUUUCAAUGUCUUUUUGUCGCACCUUCUUGCAGCGCGGGAAACGGCAAAGGUAUCUAUCAGGAAGGUUUGCGCAGGCGUUUUUUGAGUCAUGUCAUGUAACUUUAUGUAUUGAAAGCAUGUAGCUGGAUUUUGUUAUAUCUCUCCUCCUCUCUUCCAUGUCCUUGAUACGAAUAAACGAUGUGUAUGGAUACAUUGAGAAUCUAGUUCCAAGUAGCUGCCUUUUGGUAAU